AUGGCAAGAACCAAGCAGACAGCUCGCAAGUCCACCGGUGGCAAAGCCCCCAGGAAGCAGCUGGCCACCAAAGCUGCUCGCAAGAGCGCCCCUGCCACCGGUGGCGUCAAGAAGCCUCAUCGUUACAGGCCCGGCACCGUGGCUCUCCGAGAGAUCCGCCGUUAUCAGAAGUCCACCGAGCUUCUCAUCCGUAAGCUGCCCUUCCAGCGUCUGGUGAGGGAAAUCGCUCAAGAUUUCAAGACCGACCUGCGCUUUCAGAGCUCCGCCGUCAUGGCUUUGCAGGAGGCCAGCGAGGCUUACUUGGUUGGUCUGUUCGAGGACACCAACCUGUGCGCCAUCCACGCCAAGAGAGUCACCAUCAUGCCCAAGGACAUCCAGCUGGCCCGCCGUAUCCGUGGCGAGCGCACAACGCAACUUGGGGGAGGGCAGGAAACAUGGUUUCAAGCAGGUCCUUUUGACGUGUAUAUAAACGCGAGCUUGCACCAACGUGCCUUAUUGUUCCGAACUUACUUGGAAAAGAAAAAGAUGUCUGGCAGAGGGAAAGGCGGCAAAGGUCUUGGUAAAGGAGGCGCUAAGCGUCACCGUAAAGUGCUUCGUGAUAACAUCCAGGGCAUCACUAAGCCAGCUAUUCGCCGUCUGGCUCGCCGUGGCGGUGUCAAGCGUAUUUCUGGUCUCAUCUACGAGGAGACUCGCGGUGUGCUGAAGGUGUUCCUGGAGAACGUCAUCCGUGAUGCUGUCACCUACACCGAGCACGCCAAGAGAAAGACCGUGACUGCCAUGGACGUUGUGUACGCCUUGAAACGCCAGGGACGUACUCUGUACGGCUUCGGCGGUUAA